CGCCCGGGCCGAAGGGGACAUCCAGGGCGGGCCCAGGCCUUCGAAGGCCGCGUUUCUGAAGCCGCAGACACCUUUGUUCAGAAGCCUGCUGCGUUUCAGAGCCAGGCGCUCCUCCGUCGUUCACGUAGGGAAAGAGGCUCCUGGUGUCUGCAGCAGCUGGGACAGAGGACCCUCCGAGAUAACCAGAAGACCUUACCCUCUUCAGUAAAAGGAGCAUGACAGAUUUUCCCCAGAAAGUAGAACACGAGAAGACUGUUGAUGGAUUUUAAAAGCAUUUGAGAAUACUGGGAAAAUAACUUGUUCUCCUCCACUGUAUAUAUAGGGUAAGGCUGCUUCUGAUGCAGCUGAGGAAGAUGCAGGCCAUCAAAAAGGAGCAGGCAUCUGUUGACAGUCCCAGCAACACGGACAAGAUGAUGGUGCUGACUGCAGCCUUGCCCGAGGUGCCGGAGGACCUGUCCACAGCGGAAGAGCUCCUUCUGGGUGAGGGAAGUGUGGGCAAAAACAAAUCUUCUGCCUGCCGGAGGAAACGGGAAUUCAUUCCCGAUGAGAAGAAGGAUGCUAUGUAUUGGGAGAAGCGGCGGAAAAACAACGAAGCCGCCAAACGUUCUCGUGAGAAGCGCAGGCUGAAUGACCUGGUUUUAGAGAACAAACUAAUUGCACUGGGAGAAGAAAACGCCACUUUAAAAGCUGAACUACUUUCCCUAAAAUUAAAGUUUGGUUUAAUUAGCUCCACAGCAUAUGCUCAGGAGAUCCAGAAGCUCAGUAAUUCCACAGCUGUGUACUUUCAAGACUACCAGACCGCUAAGCCCACAUCCGGGAAUGCUUUCGGGGAUGAGCACGAGCCUGGCCUGGUGUCGGGCAGCUGUAUCUCUGUCAUCAAGCACUCUCCACAGAGCUCCAUGUCUGACAUGUCUGAGGCAUCCUCUGGGGAGCACGCGCAGGAGAGUCCUGUGCAGGGCAGCUGCAGAAGUCCUGAGAGCAAGUUCCAGGUCAUCAAGCAGGAGCCGGUGGAGCUGGAGACCUUCCCAAGGGAGCCGAGAGACGACCAGGGCUCCUAUACGGCUGCCAUCUACCAGAGCUACAUGGGGAGCUCUUUUGCCAGCUACUCACACUCUCCUCCUCUCCUGCAAGUCAACAGAUCCUCUAGUAACUCUCCAAGAACCUCCGAGACCGAUGACGCGGUGGUGGGAAAGUCCUCUGACGGGGAAGAUGAGCAGCAGGUCCCCAAGGGCCCCAUCCACUCCUCAGUGGAGCUCAAAUGCAUGCACACCACGGUGGUGAAAGUCCCCGAGGUGAACUCGUCUGCCUUGCCACACAAGCUUCGGAUCAAAGCCAAAGCCAUGCAGAUCAAAGUAGAAGCCUUUGAUAACGAGUUUGAGGCCACUCAAAAACUCUCCUCACCUGUUGACAUGACAUCUAAAAGACAUUUUGAACUCGGAAAGCAUAACGCCCCGAGUAUGGUACAUUCUUCCCUCCCUCCUUUCUCAGUGCAGGUGACGAGCAUUCAAGAUUGGUCUCUCAGAUCGGAACACUGGCAUCCAAAAGACCUGAGCGGCAAGACUCAGAGUGGUUUCAAAACUGGAGUGGUGGAAAUUAAAGACAAUGGGUACAAAGUUUCCGACUCAGAGAACUUGUACGUAAAGCAGGGGAUAGCAAACUUAUCCGCAGAGGUGGUCUCACUGAAGAGACUUAUAGCCACACAACCAAUCUCUGCGUCCGACUCUGGGUAGAUGACUACUGAGCAGGAGCAGGGCGUUGAGAGAGAUGUCAUUUGCAAUAGAUCAGUACUUUUUGUAUUACGCUGAGUUUCCACUGGACCUGUGAUGUCAUUUCACUGUAAUGUGCACAUGUUGUCUGUUUGGUGUCUGUGUGCACAGACGAUGCGGUUAGCUGUGUCCUCACUUUGCCUUGUGUAUAGUCAGAUAGUCCGUAUGAUGGUCGUACAUACCGAACGUUAUUUUUGUUGUUCUGUUAUAAAGUGUGUAAGUUACCAGUUUCAAUAAAGGAUUGGUGACAGACACAGAACUUCUA